GGUAAAUUAAAACUGCUAGGUAUGUAUUUGAAAUUUUAUGAAGCGAUGCUUUGAAAAAGUUCGUUUUCCUGUUUCAUAUAAGUACAAAGUCAUACAGCACAAUGAAGAUUUUGCUUUUAAUAUCAUUCACUUUGGCAGCGAUUGCUUCAACUCGAUGUACAAAUUCGAGUGAGGCUCGUGAUAUCACAACACUGCUGAAUAAUACCAUGGCAAAAAAUUUCCAGAAUAUGGAUUCAGAAACGAUUUGCUCGUUUAUACGCAGCAUGGAGCUCCUAAAUUCGCCCACAUCCUUUGGCGAAGUUUCUCCGGGAGUGUUUUAUUAUUUUACUGGUUUAAAAGUAGAAUCUGCCAGCUUACGUCAUGAAUUUCACAGCAAAACAAUGGCCAUAUUCUUCACCUCCUUAUCCGUCGAAAUGAGAGGAUACUUGGGACAAUUAGGACCAAAUCCAGAUACAUCUAACGAGAAUUUCGCACUAUCACUGAAUUUUAAAAACAUCUCCAUCUACGCAAUAGCAGGCUCACAAUAUGGUUUUUGGGACAACGAGAUCUUUCAGUACAUUGAUUUCGAAAGUUACGAAUCUAAUUACAUAUAUUCGCCUCGGUUCUAUGAAAAUUCAACACCAGAGAUUCAACAUGAACUGGAAACACUGAUCAAAUCUUUAUCACCAUCGUUAUUGCAGUUCAAUUUACGAAAAAACGAGGACUUUAUGCAAAUACUCAAUGCAACGUUUUGCCAACAUCCUGAAGAUGAGAUCACGUCGUAUUAUCCCUCAUUAGAUAUCGUCGAAACGAAAUGUUACUUUUUCAUAUCAAAUUUCACCUCUCUACAUCGUACCCUGAGCAACAUCACCAUCAUAGGAAUGCACAAUUUUCAUAGUCACUCGUUCGUCGAUGUCAGCACCCUGAUAAUUGAAGAUAUUCAAGGAACGACUAAUUUACAUUACGAUGGCCGAAAUUUUACAAUUUUUCCAUUACACUUCGAAAUAGACUACAUUUCGAUAUCAGUUGAUCGGGAACAGCAAAGUAUCAAAGUGACUGCGCACAAUUACACGAUUAUUGAGACUAAAAUGAACGUAUCGUUGACUGAAUAUCAGUCCAAAUGGGUAAUGGAAGGGAUUCAAUUGGCGAUUGCGUCUUCGAUAAUGCCAUCGAUGAAAUAUUAUAGAAACCAAAAUAAUUCGACCAAUUCACUUGAAGAACACCCGAUUGUGAAAAUAAGCACGAAAUUAUCUCAGCAAUUCGAAGGUCGCACAAUACAAAAACUGUACGAUACUUGGAAUAAAACGAUACCUGAAAGCUUCAAUACAGAAUCAAGUAUCCAAAUAGGAUCAUACAUUUACAAUAUUUCAAUUGAUGGUGAACCCAUAACAGAAUUGAAACCGUAUCCGGAUUACAUUCAAUGUAAUCUCUACAACAACCUGCAGGUCUACUAUGAAAUAUUUUGGCACGGGCAAAUUGGCGUAUUCAAUACCACUCACAAAUUCGACCAUAUUGAUUUCGUAACGCCGAAAGUUUUCGUCGAGCUAAUCAAACAAAAUAUUUCGACUGGAUUUGAAUUGAAAUCCUUUCACACCAAUUACGAAAUCAUGCAAUACUAUGAAGUCAAACUGAGCUCAAUUCCCCGCUAUUUCACAGACCUUGAGCGAUUGGAGAUAGCACAAAAAACGCAACAAUUGAUGAUCUCGUUGAUCAAGAAAACAGUUAUCCCUUUCACAGAACCACUGAUUUCUUUAUCGUUAGACUACUGUUAUACACCGCUAACAAUUUUCGACGAUUUCCUACCUUUCUACGCCGAUCAAGAAUUACCCUUCCGCGUACCUGAUGACAGCAACGAAAACGAUUCUUCGACGUCGAAAAUCACCAACGUGAUAAUCACUCAGUGGACGAAAUCCCCUUCUGUUUCUGUCAAGAUGAUCCAAGGCCUUGACCUUGAUAAAAGCUACCUUGUCGAUAAAAGCAUGACGAGGAUAAUAUUAUCGACAGACGUGAGUUUACAAUUGGCACAGGCUGAAAUUCGAAUGAAUUUCAACGAUAGUUCGAUACCGUUUGAUGAGCUGCAUCUGACGUUGACUGAUUUAGAGGUACGAAAUUACACAUUUGGUGGAUAUAUAGAAGUGCAUUUAGAUUCGAUUCAUUACGUUCCUCCGGAUAGUGAAAAGACCUCUUUCCUUAGGAAGAACCUCCCCUGGAUUGAGAAGAAAUUACAAGGUUUACUUGGCAAUACUUUCAAUCGUCUUACCCGUCUCGUUUUUUAACAUUAUUUUUAUUAUGAACAAUUUACUUAUUACGAGUAUUAGUUUUGUAAGGCCAAUAAACAAAUUAAACUUUUUUUUUACAAAGUUACCUAUGUACUUACUGUAUGUAUACGCAUUAAGUCAUUAAUAAUAAUAAAUUCGAUUGUUAAGAGCA